UUCGUAAGGAAGAAGGACAUAAGUUUUAAUAUUUAAUGUAGUAAUGCAUAAACUUUAAAUUCAGCAUUCUCUUCCUGCGAUAUAUGUUAAUGCGACAAUUGCUCACGAUUUGGAUUAAUUCGAUUUUAUUCAAGUACGGAUAUAGAGUGCGGAUAACAGACAUAAUGAUAUUCCACAUAUUAGUUUUGCUUUGCAUAACUCGAUCAUAUAUUUCUGUGACUGUAACACUAAACGAGACGGAGGUUGACUGCAGCCUAAGGUGUGCCUGUUGUAAGGGUGGAGAAGCACGGUGCUUCAUUAAGAAUAACUAUGUAGACGAUUUCUGUCAUGAUGGCUGCGUUGAUACCAUAUUUGGUUACAAGUGCAAACAUAAAUGUCCCGUCCAAUGCUAUACAUGCGACCAAUAUAACGGAUCAAUAUGCACAACGUGUAACGACACGCAUUAUGGGAUAAAUAGUAACUGUAAGAAGACAUGCUCAGUCGGUUGUAGUGAUGGAACUUGUAAUAAAACGGAUGGAACUUGUAGUCCAUGUGCAGACAAUUUCGAAGGGAACAAAUGUGAAACAUGCAUACAUGGAAAAUAUGGCAUAACUUGCUCACAAAACUGCACGCAUCAAAAUUGCCGUUGUACAUUGAAAGACGGAUGUGAUUCUUGUAAGGCAGGAUUCUACAAAAAGGGGACUUUCUGUCAAACAGCUUGUUCUACCGGAUGUAUGAAUGGCACGUGUAAUGACAAUGGAAGUUGCCAGUGUAGUAAACAGUUUACUCCUGGCUCGUCUUGCACGGAAUGUAUAACUGGAUAUUAUGGAAUUGAGUGCAGAACAAAAUGCCCAAGCGGAUGCAGUGGUGGAGUGUGUAUGCGAAAUGGUACUUGCAGGAAUUGCUUGGCUGGAAAUUACGGAGAACAAUGCGACAAUACGUGCUAUUUUGGAUGCACUGAUCAAGGUUGUAUGAGAAAUGGAACAUGCAAUGAAUGUGUUACCGGUUACUUUGGGGAAUACUGCAACAAAGGUUGUUCUGUUGGAUGCAGUAAUGGAACAUGUAUGAGAAAUGGAAUUUGCAAUGCAUGUGAUACUAAAUACUAUGGAGAACAAUGCAACACUACGUGCUCUGUAGGAUGCAGUGGUGGAAUUUGCAUGAGAGAUGGAUCGUGUGAAUGCACGCAAGGUUUUAACGGUUCAAAAUGCGAAAUGUGUAUAGGAGGAACAUACGGGAACUAUUGUCAACAUAAUUGUAGUAGAGGUUGUUUAGCAUUGAAUUGUGAGAGGUAUAACGGGUUCUGUGAUUGCCAGUCUAAUUUUACCGGAGGUAAAUGUGACCAAUGCGAAGAAGGAUUUUACGGACAUUCUUGUAUUCUACGUUGCUCUGAUAAGUGUGUAGGCAGGAUAUGUUCAAUGUCCGAUGGUAAAUGUACUAACGGUUGUAAGGAUGGAUAUUAUCCAGACGAUUCCGGAAGUUGCAUUUCCUGCGAAAUAAGAUACAAAGAUAAAGACUGUAGCUACGAAUACACAGUUAAAAAGCAGUCCGUAGAAGCUGAGACGCCUGUAGGAGCUAUUGCGGGGGGAAUAGGUGGUGGUGUUGUAAUCAUUUGCAUUAUUUUAAUAUUACUUCUUCGUCAAAGAAUUAUUCGCAUGUUUGCCUUGAAAAGACUCGGAAGAAAUUCUCAGACCACCUCAGAAGUCAUUCGUACCGAAGAAUUGAACACAAAAUAUACAGAUGUCAUUCACGAAGAAGAAAACACUACGGAAUACAUCAAUAACUCGGUCGCUCUGCAGAAGCCUAAAAUUUCUGUUGAUUCCCUUGAGCACUAUAUUGAUUCAUUGACAGAAGAUGGUACAAGAGCCGUAUUUGAUAGCUUUCAACAAGGACUCAUUAAGCCGUAUGCUCACUCACAAAGAAGUGAUAACGUGCCAAGGAACAGAUACAGGGGAAUAUAUCCAUAUGACGAUUGCAGAGUAAAGCUUCGAGAUGAAGAUUCGGACUAUAUCAAUGCAAGCUUUAUCGAUGGUUAUAAGAAGAGUAAAGAAUACAUCGCCACCCUUGGACCAAUGUCGCAGCAACUGGGAAAAGAAUUUGAACCCUUCUGGCAAAUGGUGUGGCAACAGAAGGUCGAGAAAAUUGUCAUGAUCACGAACCUGAUUGAAAAUGCGUCGCUUAAAUGUGAACAGUAUUGGCCAAACGUUGGCACUAGCAUGAUGUAUGGCGAGUUCAGAAUCACAUGCCAUUCGGAGGACAUGUAUGCUGAGUUUACAAGGAGAGCUUUAACAAUAAUACGGUCCUCCGAAGAAAGGUCUUUCUUUCAACUGCACUUCACAUGUUGGCCUGACAAAGGCAUUCCUGACGAUGUCACAGCAAUCAUUGAGUUCAGACAAAGAGUACUAAAUACGCCUACAUCAUUUAAAGGACCUACUUUGAUUCACUGCAGUACUGGUGUCGGACGAACGGGCACAUAUAUUGCUCUGGACAUCCUGACGAAGGAGGGUGAAGUUGAACGAGCAGUUGAUAUACCCGGAUGUGUGGUCAACAUGCGGCAGAACAGGCCGAACAUGAUACAGACUUUUGAGCAGUAUCAAUAUCUCCACAAGGCUGUUGUGUAUUCCCUGACAUUCAAUUGUACACCGAUCAAGGCAGAACACUUUCAACAGUACAUGAAGACAACAAGAAGAGCUGACUUAAACAGGCAAUUCCAGCAACUGCUACACACCAUUGAACAGCGAUCGAAACAGGAAGCAAACGCAGUCAAAAGGAACAAACAGCACUUGGCUAAAAAUCGAGCCAAUGCAGACAUACCUGGUGAUGAAAAUCGACCAAGACUCUACCUUGGGUUAACAACUGGAGCUUCAGAUUACAUCAAUGCGGUGUACAUACAUAGUUUCAAAGAAAAAAAUCGCUUUCUGGCUGCACAGACGCCACUGCCAGAGACCGUUACUGACUUUCUGACAUUGAUCGUUCAAGAAAACUGUUCAUGUGUUGUCAGCUUUGAACCAGACAUGGACAAACAAAGGAAUGUUGGAAUUUACUACCCGGCGGAAAACAUGCAGGCAAUGACGAAGGGGUCAUUUGAAGUCAGCUCUUCACGUGAAACCAAAAAACCACAUUAUGUUAUGAGGAACCUUACGAUACGAUAUAAGAAAGCGUCAGGGCACCCUUCUGAGAAAACUCUGUCCCAUAUGCAGUUUACCGAAUGGGAUGAACUGAAGAAUGUCCCUCUAUCUAUUGAAACGUUCCUUACCUUUCUGAAUGACGUGGAGGAAAUAGAAAACAAAGAUGGACCGAUUCUUCUUCAUUGUUUUGAUGGUGCAAGUAGAACGGGGCUGUUCUGUGUUGUGUCAAUGCUGCUGCAGAAAAUGGCCAUAGAACACGAAGUUAGUGUUCUGAAUUCUGUUAGGAAAGUCAAGGUCAUGCGACGAUUGGCGAUUCCGAAUUUGGACCAAUUCAUAUUCUGUCAUGAGAGCAUCCAAGAAUAUUUGCGAGCCUUUGACAAGGAUGUGUAUGCAAACUUCGCCGGUUACGACGAAUAGAGACAGUGACAUAAAAUGGGCAUGGACAACAAAAAAACGAUGUAUCUAAACGCUAGUUUCGUACAAACAAAUACGCAUUUGUAUUGCUAAUUGUUAUCAUCCUUGUUUAAUCAUCCAAAUGGCAAUCGCCUGACAACAAGUCCCAUGCCUCACUAUCAAUCUUUCCCUAAUACAAUAUAAUUAUACGUUUCAGUCAAAAGCUGACUUAAAUUACGUAAAACUUGUUGCUAUACAUUUAUAAAUUUAAAAUAUCUGUCAUUGACAUUGGUUUUAUUGAUUGCAUAUUAAAACAUCAACUAGUAUAGUUUUCUGAUUAACGAGCCUGUGAGGGACAACACAUUAUCUCGCCCUGUUUUUGCAUUUGUUUGAUAGGAAUAUCAAAAUAUUCUUAAUAUCACAUAGUUAUUUUCGUCAAUGAUAUAACAUUGUGUUACAAGUCAUCAACUCAAUACGUGAGUAAACUAAUUAUUCACUAAUCUCAAAAUACAACAACACAAACAGUUUAAGAAUUGGCAAUGUAUUUGGUGAACAUGUCGAGUGAAUCUUAAAUCAUAAACGUAAUAAAUAAGUUACUAACUUAUGUUAGACACUCACAGUGGAACUCUGUAAAUAAAAUAAAUAUUCAUAUUAAUAGAAAACAUGAUACAGCAAAAUCAACCUGAAAAUAGGGAUGGGAUGGGCGGGAAAUAUGAUCAAAUUUUUAUCUUCACUUUCAGACAUCGUAAAAUACCUUCUAAUGUCACCAAAUACAAAUUAAACCUCGAGUGACGAAAACAGAAUAGUUUUCCCCAUAUACCCAACAAAAACAGAGGAAAUCAUGUUACUAGUGUCCCGCAAAACUAAUCUACCCGAAUAGUGAAGUUCCACGGGUACUUGAACAAUCUCCUGAAAUCAAUAAUGUAUAUAUUUUUCAAAACGUGAACAAUUGUAUUUUGUGAAAUUUCCAUGAAGAGAACACAUUUUUAUGACAAACUUUUUAUUAAUUUUAUUUAUCUGUUUAUAUGCCCAUAAUUUAUGUGUUAUUAUCUGGUUAAACCACAAUUACAAGACCAUUGUUAGGAUUACUUUCAUUUUUGUGCAAUACUUUAAAAUCAUAUAUUUGUAUCUAUUAAAAUUUCUCAAACUGUCAAUGUCAAUAAAAGCAUGACGUAUAUC